AUUUGUUUCUAUCAAUAGAAUGUCUACAUCCAAUAUGAUGGUAUUGAAUGGUCAAACAGACAUGAAAUUCAUGAAUCAAUUUGAUCAUAAGGAUCCAUCACCAUAUUCAGUAAUACCCGCUGCCAGGAGAAGCCUAGAUUCACCAAGGAGUAACUUUAAUAGCAUUGCACCAGCUACAUCAUUGAGAAGCCCGAAUGACAUCAUAUCAGACCGUUCAGAGACUCCAUUGGAAUUUUCCAGGCGACGCACCACUUCAUUUCCCAUCAUAUCAACAUAUAUGAAGCUGUCACAGCAAACUAUUGUUGCCGCUGAGGUUGAACAACAGAACCAAGAAAAAUCACCACAAGAACCAAAACAAGACAAUCACACACUAGAAGAACCAACAUUGGAAGAGCCAACACAUGAGGAACAAGAAAAACAACCAUUGCUUGCCACCCCACAGCGCUCAAUAUCCGGAUCGGUUGCUUUAUCAAGACAUUCAAUAUCUGGUCAUCGUCCCAUAAUGAAGCGAAACACAUAUCCUGCAUUCAGAUCACAACAAGAACUCCCAGUAUUAACCAAUGAUGAAUUACAAAGAAGAAGAGAUUCAAUCUUGAUCAAAAGAAACUUAACCAAGAAAAGAAUCGAAGAUGCCAAGGAAAUAGUAAUUGGAAACAAGAUCAGUGAAGGACACGAAAAUUUCGUGAUGGCAUAUAACAUGUUGACAGGUAUUCGAGUAGCAGUUUCUAGAGUUUCCGGAGUGAGAAAAAAACUUACUGAUGAUGAUUUCAAGGCAGUCAAGAAACUAUCAUUUGACAUAUAUGGAAGUGAAUUAACCCCUAGUUCAAAGUAUGAUUUCAAAUUCAAAGAUUAUAGUCCAGAAGUAUUUCGAGAUUUACGUCUGUUAUUUGGAGUGGAUGCUGCAGACUAUUUAAUGUCAAUAACAGGAAAGUAUAUUUUAUCUCAAUUAAGUUCUCCCGGUAAAUCUGGUUCAUUCUUUUACUAUUCUCGGGAUUAUAGGUUUAUCAUCAAAACUAUCCAUCACGCAGAACACAGGCAAUUACGAAGAAUACUCAAAGAUUAUCACCUGCAUGUCAAAGAAAACCCCAAUACAUUAGUAUCUCAAAUUUAUGGUCUUCAUAGAAUUAAAAUGCCUCUUGGUAGCGGAAGACGAGUGGUUCAUUUUGUUGUCAUGAAUAAUUUAUUCCCACCACAUAGAGACAUCCAUUUGAAAUAUGAUUUAAAGGGGUCUACACAUGGCAGAAUAACCAGAAUUAAUGCACAUGAAACAGAUUUAUCCAAAUACACUCUUAAGGAUUUGAAUUUCCUUGAACGGCAUGAGAUGAUAAAAUUUGGUCCAGCGAAACGUCAGGUAUUUUUCAAGCAACUAGAAGCUGACGUGAAAUUUCUAAAGAAGGUUAAUGUUAUGGAUUAUUCAUUACUUAUGGGAAUUCACUAUGUGAACCAAGGUAACAAAAAUGGUAUAAAUCUUUCCAUUUUUGAUCCAAAAUCAGGCGACAAGACAGUAUUAAUAAAUACAAAUCCUCGAGAUAUAGAACGGCAGGAUUUACCUACUGAUGUGUACCCUGGGAGGUCCAAAUAUGUAUUUUAUGGUCAUGAUGGUGGUAUUAGAGCUACGGACGAAGAAAACAAGCCACUUGCUGAAAUAUACUAUAUGGGGAUCAUUGAUUGUUUGACGGGAUAUCGUACCAAGAAGUCAUUAGAAACUUUCUUUAGGUCCAUGUGGAAUUCGCGAUCAGUUAUAUCUGCGGUGCCACCCAGGGAAUAUGGUGAUAGAUUUCUUGACUUUAUAAAGAAGGGUACUGGCCAAGCUAAAAAGAAACAAAGCUAAAAGCAGAUUUAAUUGUGGGAGAAAAGGGUCGAUAAAUUGCAAUGAAAACAUUGUUGAUACAUAGUAACUAAUGUAAUUUGCAUGGAAUGACUCCUUCACAUUCAAAAUAAUUUCAAUUUUUAUUAUUUAUUAUACUUCCCACUGGUGGUAAGCUAUAUAGAAGCAUAUAUAUGGGUAUUAUUAAUAAGCAUUAGAGGAAACGAAUGAUUCAAGUACACUGAGCCUGAAAUGUAGUUUGCUAGUUAUUUGAGAAUAAGACAAGGACCUAAAAUCUUUAAACCACUUUCCCCCCCAUGAUGAAUUAACUUUCUGGUGAAUGUGGAAACAAGUGGAUAUGUCGCAAAAGUGAUUAAUUCUUAUUUCUAACUUGGAUUUACAAGAAAAAGGUCAAUCCCCAUUCUAUUGCAAUACUUUCCAAAGUACUUGGCAUGAGGGAAUUCCAUGGGGGUAACUAUAACCGGUUUUGAGCAACUUCACAAUUCCGCUCCAUUCCUUCUUUUGGAUGUCAUUUUCUGCAUGAAUUAUGUCUAUAAGUCCAUAUCUAUUUCUAGAAAUGACCCCCCCCUGAAAUUGUAGAUGAAAGUGGAGUCAAGUAUAGCCGAGACCCAAGCCGGUUUCUUUCUGGUGUCAAGCGAUUUAGUCAAAAGGGGGGUUAGGAUAAACUUUGAAAUUCUUGUACCACGGAGAACUUAGUCGCAACUCCCUUGUGGGGUACAUAUCAUAUAAAUAAAUCUGCCGAGGAGAACACUUAAUUUCAUCUUAAAACAUGCAGGGUCCUGCGGAAGAGAUGGUAAGAUUCUUAUCUGAUCGUUAAUAAAUUAUAACCGACUAUUUCAUAACACAAUGCAUAAGCUUGCAUCCUAUCGAAUGACAUAAUGCACCUGUUAUUUUGUCCUCAAAAGUAAGGAAUGAUUGCAUCCGCGGAAUCGUAUGACAUUAUAGAUUGGCGGUUUUGCAGAGUUAAAGAAUACCCGAGA